UCGCCCUCGUUGCGCAGUAGUGCUGGCUGCGGGUUCCUUUUCCCGGGUCUUGGAGCUGUCAGUGCGCCCUCGUGCCUAGGUGGCUCGCAAGCACCCAGCUGCCCCUUGAGACCAACGCGAAGCCAGCAUCACUCCCUCCCGAUUUCUUUGCCCAAGGGGCAAAAUGGUUGAAGCCGAUCGCCCGGGGAAACUUUUUAUCGGUGGGCUGAAUACAGAAACCAAUGAGAAAGCCCUUGAAGCCGUGUUUGGCAAAUAUGGACGGAUAGUGGAAGUUCUGUUGAUGAAAGAUCGUGAAACCAACAAAUCCAGAGGAUUUGCCUUUGUCACCUUUGAAAGCCCCGCAGAUGCCAAGGAUGCAGCCAGAGACAUGAACGGGAAGUCCUUAGAUGGGAAAGCCAUCAAGGUAGAACAAGCAACCAAGCCAUCUUUUGAAAGUGGAAGACGUGGUCCACCUCCCCCACCCAGAAGCAGAGGCCCCCCCAGAGGCCUUCGAGGCGGAAGAGGCGGCAGUGGAGGAACUAGGGGGCCACCCUCGCGUGGAGGGCACAUGGAUGACGGUGGCUAUUCCAUGAAUUUUAAUAUGAGCUCUUCCAGAGGGCCACUUCCAGUGAAGCGAGGACCACCACCACGCAGUGGGGGUCCACCUCCCAAAAGGUCUGCUCCCUCAGGACCAGUUCGCAGCAGCAGUGGAAUGGGAGGAAGAGCUCCCGUGUCCCGAGGAAGAGACAGCUAUGGGGGUCCCCCUCGAAGAGAACCCCUCCCUUCCCGCAGAGACGUGUAUCUGUCACCAAGGGAUGAUGGCUACUCGACGAAAGACAGCUGUUAUUUCGGUAGCUACUCCAGCCGAGAUUACCCGAGUUCCAGGGACACCAGGGACUACGCGCCACCGCCACGAGACUACACCUACCGGGACUAUGGGCACUCGAGUUCCCGUGACGACUAUCCCUCCAGAGGCUAUAGUGAUCGAGAUGGGUACGGUCGAGACCGAGACUAUUCGGACCAUCCGAGUGGCAGCUCGUAUAGAGAUUCCUAUGAGAGUUAUGGUAACUCUCGUAGUGCGCCACCCACGCGAGGGCCCCCGCCAUCAUAUGGUGGAAGCAGUCGCUAUGAUGAUUACAGCAGCUCACGGGACGGAUAUGGUGGAAGCCGAGACAGUUACUCAAGCAGCCGAAGCGAUCUCUACUCAAGUGGGCGCGAUCGGGUUGGCAGACAAGACCGAGGGCUGCCCCCUUCCAUGGAAAGGGGGUACCCUCCGCCACGCGAUUCCUACAGCAGUUCAAGCCGCGGAGCCCCAAGAGGUGGUGGCCGUGGAGGAAGCCGAUCUGAUAGAGGGGGUGGCAGAAGCAGAUAUUAAAAAAAGGCAACCAACCAAACCAAAACAAACACACAAAACAAAACUUUGGACCAAAAUCCCUGUUCAAAGAAACAAAACAAACACCACACACACACAAGAAAGUGGAAUCUAUUAUAACUAUUCCAAGGACUACUUACUCAAAAGGAAAAGUUGUGUGACCUUUUUUUUU